AGUGCGAAAAAAGUGAAAAUUCCUUGCAAAUCGGAAGGAAAAUCUAUUUUUUCUGGGUAAAAUUGAUAGUUUUUCGUGCAAAAGUGGUUCCAUCUGGCGAAGCAAGUUGUGCUUCCGCAGAAGAAAGUAAAGGUUUUCCUGGGGCAGUGAAUUCCGGUGCGAUUUUCGUGCAAUAGUUUAAGAGCAGAAAGCUAACCUCCAAAACGAGAAUUUUUUGUCUGGAGGCUGUGUUUUGGUGUUAGGUGGUACGGACGAGAGAGCGAGCGUUCAGCUGGAACUGAACUUUUGGAACUACUACCAUGAACCAUGAACGAUAACCGGUGGUCAGCGAACAUUGCUUUGAGAAGUGGCUUGGGAGCUAGAGAACAGAGUGGCGCUGCCGGCAUGAGUUCCGGAAGCAGCGGCACCGGAGGAAUGAUCAACGGCGAGUCGGGGAUCCUGCGCAAACCGGGCGGGAUGGUCGGAGCACACUUCAACCCGCAUCAUCCCUCUUACCAGCACCAUGACAACUUUGCCGACCUGCUGGUGUUUGGCUAUUCGUGCAAGGUUUUCCGAGACGACGAGAAGGCUCGCUUCAUCGAUCAGGGCCGGCAUCUGAUCCCGUGGAUGGGCGACAAUCAGUUGAAGAUUGACAGAUACGACGCCCGGGGAGCACUGCAUGACCUGUCGCAGCACGAACCCCCGCUCGGAGGCUACGGGAACCGGCUGGAUUGCCUUUCGCCGGCCGAGCAACGUGCCGAGCAGCUAUGCGAAGAGGAACGCUACCACAGCCUCUACAUCAACGAGGUCGAGGAGGAGAUCGAACAGGAGGAAGCAGCCAAACGGCAAGCUGCCAGCGGUGCCGAAAUCGCUUUCGACUACGAUGCCCCACCAUCGGCGGGGGCAACCAUCGUCGGUCCGGAACCCGCAGCACCCGACGACGAAAACAGUUCCGAUCCACCGUUCGUCGCGCCGGUCAACUUUGAAAUCCCGACCGAUCUGGACCGACCGGAAACGAUGAAGGAGCAUGCCAUCAUUGAAAAGACUGCCAGAUUUAUCGCCUCGCAGGACUCGCAAAUGGAGAUCCUGCUCCGGGCCAAACAGGCCGCCAAUCCGCAGUUCGAUUUCCUAUGUCCCGGAGGGCGGCUGUAUCGGUACUAUCGGCACGUGCUGAUGGCAAUCAAGACCAACCAGUACCCGGAGGAUGUCCCGGAAGAAGAUGCAAACGGCACCGAGGGAGCUGAAGCUGCGGAAGCUUCUUUGACGGCCGCCGAAGCUUCCCCAGAGAAACCGAAAGUGAUCGUUCCAGCCAUCAAGUACAAGCCGUCGAUCGAUUGCGCCUAUACGCAGCUGAUCAGUAAAAUCACUGGUGCUCCGAUUCCGACGAAAGAUUCUUCCGGUGCAUCGAGUCCAGAAUCUCCUACCGUUCCACUGAAUCCCACCCAGAUGACGUCGUCGAAGACCGAGGUCGAGAUAGUUCAGGAGGGAAAAACCGUCGAAGUGAAGAAGGUUUCCACCGGCCUGGCGGGGCUUGUGCAAUACGAUUCUGACAGCGAGGAGAGUGGAAGCGACGAAGAGGAGAAGAAAGACAAAAAACCGGAACCGGAAAUAGAGAAGAGGGAAAUCACCUUUGGUGGUGCUCUUCCGCCGGAAAUUUUCCAACACGUCAUCGAAAAGACCGCCACGUAUGUGGCCAAGAACGGGUACAGUUUCGAGGAAGCUUUGCGAACGAAAAAUGAUCCUCGGUUCCUGUUCCUUCGGAAAGAUCACGAGUUCUAUCCUUUCUACGCUUUUCGGGUGCGGUAUCUAAUCAACCCGUUCGAAGAGGUACCCAAGAGUCCGGAAAAGGUUACCAUAACCAGAGAAAUAGAGAACGGAACGGUGGUGGAAACGCCUAGCAUCGGAAUUAAGACUGUUAACACGGCGCCGGUUCCGGUGCCGGCACCGCAGUCGCAGAUCCAGGCCAACAAACCGGGUGGAGCGGUGUGUUUUUCGAUCAAGAGCAAAGAUGACGCCAGUGUUGCGUUGAAAUCGAACGUGAUGCAAGAACUGGGUGGGGAUGAGGAAGAGGCAGAGCCGGUGGUGAAGGAACAGGAGAAGGAGAAAAGCAAAUCGCCAGUACAUGCCAGCGAAGAUCCUCCUCAGAUUAAGGAGAAAUCGGUGGAGAAGGAGAUGACCCCAGUGGAGGAAGACACUACUACUCCACCUACCGCUUCGCCAGUGCUGGUGCAACCGGUUGAGGAAUUGAAAAGUACCACUCCGCCCUUGGAAGACUGCAAACCUGUCAGCACCAGCCCAGACGGCGCCGUCGACGCUGGUUCCAAGGAUCAGAAACGUCUGGAGGAUCGGAUCAAAGACAAGCUGGCAGUUGCGGCUCGGGAAAGGUUGGCGUCGAUCGCGAAGGAAAAGCAACUGCAGUUAGAGCGAAAGAAGAAAGCCAGCAUGUUCCUCAGUUUGAUCACCAAAAACGAACCUUCCAGGCCGGAUAGCGCUUGCGACGAGCCCCCUCCGGCCAAGAAGGAAGCGCGGGAAGCCACACCGCCAACACCGGAACUGCCACCAUCAACCGCCUCCGCCUCCACCGCCGCUGCUAAGAACGGUCUUGAGCAGUUGAAAACCCAAUUCUCCGACAACGACGACGGCGACGAAGAAGCAGCCGAAGAAGAUGGCAGCAACGAUAGUUCGGACCUGUCGGUACAUUCGGUUCCAUCCGGUAGCGACAGUGCGGCACCUAGCAGUGCCGAUGACGAUGUGGUUUUCGUGGCGGAAGAUAACGGCGGAGAUAGACCAUCCCGAUCGCGAACCAGAUCCAAAUCGGUUUCGAGCAGCAGCAAACAGAAGAAGCGAAAGCAUAAACAUAAGAGCAAAAGUAAGAAAUCCAAGAAGAAAAAGUCUGACAGCAGAAGUCGCAGCAGAACGCCCAGUAAAAGUCGGUCGAAGUCGAAACGCAAGCGCAGCAGAAGUAGAUCGAAAAGCCUGAGGAGGUCGAGAAGUAGGUCCCCGGUGGAGAAGGAUACGAAAAAAAUGAAGAAGAAGAAGAGCAAAAAGAAGAGCCACAAACGCAGCAAAUCGUCGCGAUCAUCCUCGAUUUCCUCGAGGCACCACCGGAAGGAGCACAGGGAGAAGAGUGAGUGGGAAUCUGACUAAAAAUAGUUUGUUUUUUUUUUUGGCUAGUGUGAAUAAUGUUAAUAGUAAACGUAUAAAUUUAAGU